AUGCUUCAAUUUUGGUUCUUAUUGUACGUGAGAAAAAAUUUGGAGUUGUUUCUCAUCCUAUAUUGGAUGGCUAAUUUUGUUGUUCUGUGUUUAUUCACUGUUGGGGCUAUAGCCCAGUUGAUCAAUAAUUGGGGUGAUCUGAAUCCACACAUAAGAAUGGAUGAUAUAUUUUUUUUAGCCAUUUUCCCAGUAUUUGCUUUUCUUUUCAUUGUUGGUGUCUGGGGGUCAUCUAGGAUUAGUAUGAUUAGAGAAUCUGAAUUUGGGAGUAGAUGGUUUGCCAUAGGCAUUAGAACAUUGUGCUCUGCUCUUCAAAGUACUUUUCUGCAUUCAGAUGCUAUCAAAUGA